CCCCCCCCAAGGCAUGUAGCCCCUCUCGGCUGUGGUGGUGCCUCCUCGUCCCUCCUCGUCCCUCCUCGUUCCUCCUCGUCCCUCCUUAUCCCAGGUGGCAGUCGUCAGUCAUGGCUACCCAGCUGCAGAUCUUCGUUCAGGCGCUCUCUCGCCUUCUGGGCUGGAUAUAUACACUCUGCUGGUCCGCAUCUUUCUAUCCCCAGCCCAUCAACAACUACCGCCGACGUUCCACCACGGGACUGGCCAUUGACUUCCCUACUAUCAACGUCCUGGGCUUUGUCUGCUAUACCAUCUACACCUCGGCCUUCCUAUACUCCCCCGUGAUCCGUCAUCAGUAUGCGGCUCGCCAUCCUCUGGCCGAAGAGCCGACCGUGCGCUUCAACGACUUUGCCUUUGCCCUGCACGCCGUCGUCCUGAGCUUUAUCACUUAUACCCAGUUCUGGCCCUUCAUCUGGGGCUUCAAGGUUUCGCGCUUCCAGAAGGUCAGCAAGCCGGUGGCUGGUCUUUUCUGGGGUUCGAUUGUCGCCGUCAUCGUGGUCGUCUUCAUCGUCCUUGCCAAGAGCCCCGAUAAGGGCUACGAACCGUCCUCCUGGGCCUGGAUUGACGUUAUAUAUACCCUCUCUUAUGUGAAACUCGUCAUUACCAUCGUGAAAUACGUACCUCAAGCGUGGGUCAACUAUAAGCGCAAAUCCACAUACGGCUGGAGCAUCAGUCAGAUACUGUUCGAUUUGACUGGUGGUGUCCUGUCUCUCGCCCAGUUGCUUCUGGAUUCAGGCUUCCAGAACGAUUGGAGUGGCAUCGCCGGCAACCCCAUCAAAUUCCUCCUGUCGAACGUCACUAUUUUCUUCGACCUAAUCUUUGUUGUGCAACACUACGUUCUUUACAAGGACGCAGAUGACGAGGAAGGCAAAGACCAGAAUCCAACCGACCGGACUCCUCUAUUGCCCGAGGCCAACGAUCUGCCUCGAGAAGUUGGUGUGUAG